AUGAGCCAAAAAACCUCGAUUCCGCUCUUUUCUGUUGCUGGGAAACAAUACAGAGUUGUCGUUGAGGCCCGAGAUGAUCGUGUGCUAUCCUACAAUUUGGAGUCGGACAGCACCGCUGUCAGCGAUGAUGUGGACAAAAAUGGCCUCCUUUUUGGGGCCGACAUCGUGGUAUUGGAUUCGGUGAACUCCGGAACUGGCCGCACAAAACUGGGGGAUUUCUGUCGCAAUAUCAUUGAGCCGGUUUUCAAGGAGCUGCAUCUUGAAUCGCGUACGAUACGCACCCAAAGCCCUGACUCUGUCACGCAGCUUGCUCGGACGUUUAAAACCACGGCCAAAACCACAAUUGUCCUUUUUCUUUCGGGAGACACCACAAUUUCCGAGUUUUUGAACAAUCUGCCUCAAGGGUCUGCAGGCGGACUCACUGGUAAAUCUUCUGUCGUCCUUCUUCCUUUACCAUUUGGCUCCGGAAAUGCUUGGGCCACAUCAUUGCAGAUCCUUUGUCCGGUCACUGCCUUCCGUAAUUUGCUUCACAACAACUUGAAGCCGACGCGGUUCCCGCUAUACAGGGCAACUUUCCCCAAUUCAUACGAAAUUGUCUUCUUCAUCAUAUUCUCGGUGGGAUUCCACGCCAAUCUGCUGCAUUUGUGCCAAGAACCUCGGUUUGAUAAUUUGGGUGUGGAAAAGUUCCAACUAGCAGCUCAGGAAAUACUGGAUACGUACAGGCUGGACUAUUCUUUUCAUAUCCCAACAAAAACAACACCUGUGCAGUUGGCUUAUUUCGCUCUUAUUAACACGCCUAACCUGGAAAAGACUUACAAACCAUCACCAAUGUCGGACCCCUUGAAACAGCAAUUACACCUUCUGGGGUAUUCUGCCACCUUAAAACAGCCAGACCUGGUUGCAAGGAUAAUGAAAGGCUACGAAAAUAAAACAGGUGACGAUAUUUCCGGCGAUGGUGUCCUGUACGAAGCCCUCGAAAGUGAUUUUUCAAUAACUUUGAGGGACACUCCAGAAAGCAGUUCACGUACCGCUUUUGAUAUUUGUUGUGAUGGUCACCUAUUAAAUAUGUUACAACUACAGGUCAAAGGGGCGCCCUUCGAUGGCAAGAUUUCCAUCAAGUUCAUCAAUGACUAUUCUGACCUCGACCUUCAAGUCUUGGUCCCUUCGUCUUGA